GAUAUUUUCCUAUAUAAAUUCAAUAAACUCUAUGUGUGGUCUAGCAGUACAAGUACCUACGCCAUGAAGUUGCCUUUGCUAUUUUUGUGCUGUACAAUAGCACUGACAAGUGCUGCAGUGAAGCACAGCCGCACAUUUCCCAAAAACUUCAUCUUCGGCACCAGCACUGCAGCUUAUCAAAUCGAGGGAGCAUGGAAUGCAGAUGAUAAAAGCGAGAAUAUCUGGGACUAUUUGACUCACACCAAUCCUGGUGCGAUCGAUGACCGAAGCACUGGCGAUGUAGCGUGCGACUCCUUCAACAACUACAAGCGCGACGUGGAGAUGAUGAGGGAGCUGGGCAUCGACUCGUACCGCUUCUCGGUGGCGUGGUCGCGCAUCCUGCCCAACGGCCUGGCGGACCGCGUCAGCGAGGCCGGCAUCGCCUACUACAACAACGUCAUCGACGAAGUGCUCAAGUACAACAUUCAGCCGAUGAUCACGCUCUACCACUGGGACUUGCCGCAGAAGCUGCAGGACAUGGGCGGCUUCCUCAACCCUCUCAUCGUGGACUGGUUUGCAGACUACGCCCGAGUCGUGUUCGACAACUUCGGCGAUAGAGUCAAGACUUUUAUCACAUUCAACGAGGCGGCGCAAGUUUGUUACGAAGGCUAUGGAUCUGUGACGAAGGCUCCCCUGUUAAAUUUAACGGGAAUUGGUGAAUAUAUUUGUGCCAAGAAUCUGGUCCUGGCCCAUGCGAAAGCGUACCACAUUUAUAAUAAUGAGUUCAGGGCCAAACAAGGGGGACAGUGUGGCUACACCAUCGCUGCCGGUGCUUCACUACCUCUCACGGAUUCUGAUGAAGAUCGCCAUGCCGUGGAAUUAUUCAUACAGUUUCAGUGGGCAUUAUACACCGAUCCCAUAUUCUCAAAAGACGGUGGAUUUCCGAAAGAGCUAACAGAGCUUGCAGCUAAGAAGAGCGCAGCGCAGGGCUACCCCAGAUCUCGUUUGCCCGACUUUACGGAAGAGGAGAAGGCUUAUGUGCGUGGUACGAGCGACUUCUUCGGCGUAAACCAUUACUCGGGAGCCUUGACAUCAGGAUCACUGUACACGAAUCAGUAUGCCGUGCCCUCGUCCAUGGAUGAUAUAGAAGUUGGGCAGGUCGCGUUAGAUGACUGGCUUCAGGGUGCCUCUCCUUGGCUGAAGAAAAUGCCCAACAGUCUUUACCACGCACUCAGACAAAUUAACGAGAGAUAUCCCGAUUACCCGAUCAUCGUGACCGAGAACGGCUGGUCGACCCGCGAGGGUAUCGUGGAUGACGAGCGCGUCGACUACUACAGAGACGCACUGGAAGACGUGCUCGAUGCUCUGGACGAGGGCAUCGACGUUAGGGGAUACUACGCCUGGAGUCUCAUGGACAACUUCGAGUGGCUGGCUGGUUAUACGGAACGUUUCGGCUUAUACGAAGUUGACUUCGAAGAUCCCGCACGUACUCGCACACCGAGGAAAUCAGCAUUCAUCUACAAACAGAUUAUGAAGACGCGAAUGAUCGACCAUGAUUACGAACCAGAGAGCUAUAUCAUGACAAUCGACCCCGGACAUUAAGACUUUAUUGUAUGAACAAUGAAAAUAUAAACUGACUGAAUGAUU